GCGGCGUGCGCGCUGCUGGCCUCCUCUCCCGCGGCGCUGGGGCCCGCGCUCCGCGGCGGCUGCUGGAUCCGGCUCCUCGCGGCGCCCGCCGCUCCCGCACAGGCCUCGCCCCCGAGCCCCGGCCCGCGGCGCCCGCCCCGGCCCCCCCGCCCGGGCCCCGAUGGCUCUGUGCAACGGAGACUCCAAGCUGGAGAAUGCUGGAGGAGACCUCAAGGAUGGCCACCACUAUGAAGGAGCUGUUGUCAUUCUGGAUGCUGGUGCCCAGUACGGGAAAGUCAUAGAUCGAAGAGUGAGAGAACUGUUCGUGAAGUCGGAAAUCUUUCCCUUGGAAACACCAGCAUUUGCCAUAAAAGAGCAAGGAUUCCGUGCUAUUAUCAUCUCUGGAGGACCUAAUUCUGUGUAUGCAGAAGAUGCUCCCUGGUUUGAUCCAGCAAUAUUCACUAUUGGCAAGCCCGUUCUUGGAAUUUGCUAUGGCAUGCAGAUGAUGAAUAAGGUAUUUGGAGGUACUGUACACAAAAAAAGUGUUAGAGAAGAUGGAGUCUUCAGUAUUAGUGUGGACAACACUUGCUCAUUGUUCAGGGGCCUUCAGAAGGAAGAAAUUGUUUUGCUUACCCAUGGAGAUAGUGUAGACAAAGUAGCUGAUGGAUUCAAGGUUGUGGCACGUUCUGGGAACAUUGUGGCAGGUAUAGCAAAUGAAUCUAAAAAAUUAUAUGGAGCACAGUUCCACCCUGAAGUUGGCCUUACAGAAAAUGGGAAAGUAAUACUGAAGAAUUUCCUCUACGAUAUAGCUGGGUGCAGUGGGACCUUCACCGUGCAGAACAGAGAACUGGAGUGCAUUCAAGAGAUCAAAGAGAGAGUAGGCACAUCAAAGGUUUUGGUUUUACUCAGUGGUGGAGUAGACUCAACAGUCUGUACAGCUUUGCUGAAUCGUGCUUUGAGCCAAGAUCAAGUCAUUGCUGUGCACAUUGAUAAUGGCUUUAUGAGAAAACGAGAAAGCCAGUCUGUAGAAGAGGCCCUCAAAAAGCUUGGAAUUCAGGUCAAAGUGAUAAAUGCGGCUCAUUCUUUCUACAAUGGAACAACAACUCUGCCAAUAUCAGAUGAAGAUAGAACUCCACGAAAAAGAAUUAGCAAAACACUAAAUAUGACAACAAGUCCUGAAGAGAAAAGAAAAAUUAUUGGGGAUACUUUUGUUAAGAUUGCCAAUGAAGUAAUUGGAGAAAUGAACCUGAAACCAGAGGAAGUUUUCCUGGCCCAAGGUACUUUACGGCCUGAUUUAAUUGAAAGUGCAUCCCUUGUUGCAAGUGGCAAAGCUGAACUCAUCAAAACCCAUCACAAUGACACAGAGCUUAUCAGAAAGUUGAGAGAAGAGGGAAAAGUAAUAGAACCUCUGAAAGAUUUUCAUAAGGAUGAAGUAAGAAUUUUAGGCAGAGAACUUGGACUUCCAGAAGAGUUAGUUUCCAGGCAUCCAUUUCCAGGUCCUGGCCUGGCAAUCAGAGUAAUAUGUGCUGAAGAACCUUAUAUUUGUAAGGACUUUCCUGAAACCAACAAUAUUUUGAAAAUAGUAGCUGAUUUUUCUGCAAGUGUUAAGAAGCCGCAUACACUGUUACAAAGAGUCAAAGCUUGUACCACGGAAGAGGAUCAGGAGAAGCUGAUGCAAAUUACAAGUUUGCAUUCAUUGAAUGCCUUCCUGCUGCCAAUUAAAACUGUGGGGGUGCAGGGUGACUGUCGUUCCUACAGUUACGUGUGUGGAAUCUCCAGUAAAGAUGAGCCUGACUGGGAAUCUCUUAUUUUCCUGGCUAGACUAAUACCUCGCAUGUGUCACAAUAUUAACAGAGUUGUCUAUAUAUUUGGCCCACCAGUUAAAGAACCUCCUACAGAUGUUACUCCCACUUUCUUGACAACAGGGGUGCUCAGUACUUUACGCCAAGCUGACUUUGAGGCCCAUAACAUUCUCAGGGAGUCUGGCUAUGCUGGGAAAAUUAGCCAGAUGCCAGUGAUUUUGACCCCAUUGCAUUUUGAUCGGGACCCACUUCAGAAGCAGCCUUCAUGCCAGAGAUCUGUGGUUAUUCGAACCUUUAUUACUAGUGAUUUCAUGACUGGUAUACCUGCAACACCUGGCAAUGAAAUCCCUGUAGAGGUGGUGUUAAAGAUGGUCACUGAGAUUAAGAAGAUUCCUGGUAUUUCUCGAAUUAUGUAUGACUUAACAUCAAAGCCCCCAGGAACUACCGAGUGGGAGUAAUAAACUUCUUGUUCUACUAAAGUAUUGUGUUCAGUUUAAAUUGAUUAGAAACCAUUUCCAGUAUUGACAUGCAGUACUGUGAAAGAGUUACUGGAGCGGCCACAUCACACCUGAGUUCUCUACAGCAAAAACCUACGGCUUACGAGCUGAGUUUGGGGGAUAACUAAAAGGGACUGAAGAGUUUGUACGGGUAUAAUCAAAGCACCAUUGCCUACACUCAGACAGAUUGACACUGCUUUUGCCUUUGCCCCACUUGUUCUUUAUGUAUUAACACGCUGUUGCUAUUCACGUCUCUGUCAAUGAAGGUGUAUGAAGGUGGGUGAGUUUGGGCGUAGCACUAAGCUUCUGUCCCUUUGCCAGUUUCUAAGGGUUGUUAGUAAACAGCCAUUAUUCACCAGCGUGACCUAAUCUGUAUGUCUUUCAGAGAAUCUGAAUUUCCCUGUAAGUAACCUUACUCCUCCAAAGGUGGGGUGAGGGACGAACAUGUCAGAUAAAGGUGUAGGCGGGCUGUUCCAGCCACUUCUGUGGGACUCCGGGGCUACCGAAUGUAAGCCCCCUUACGAUGGAAAACACUGGGGAUUUGUUCCGAAUUGUCUGAUAUCACAGCCAGGGGGAGAAAAGAAGCUGUGAAUGGUCUCGGUUUAAGAUGUUUUCAAAGCCUGUUCCACAUCGAUGUCCAGGUGUUCACUGUCAACCUGUCCGUUAGUAAGGAGCUUUAUCAACCCCCUCCCCCCAGAUGUUGCCACCUCCUGCAGCCUUGCGAAGAAGUUUCUGUUCUCUUCUCCAGAAGAGGCUGUCUCUGGUGUAGCAUAAAGUCAGCGUUUUGAUCUCGUUUGGUCAGAGGGCCAGCUCUGAGACCACAGUAACCAUCCUAAGUACCUGCAGUUUACAUCAUCCGGUGAAGAGUUGUAAAAUGAACUCUUAGGUGGAACCUGUAGGCGGGCUUAUUACCCACUUCUCAGAAGACUGACCAGUCUUGAUCCAUGCGAGAUAUUGCCAACCUUGUAAUCCUUCUACCAUUUGUAGGAUUCAAGAACUUGUAUACGACUCCUUCCAUUGCCACUGGUGUCUACCAAGAUCGUUUAUACCAUUCAUAUAAACACUAUGAAAAUAGCACCAGACUCAAAUUCUACAACCAUUUCUCAAUAUUUUAGCUAAUGUUACUUUUUAAGGACCUUCAUGAAAUUUUUUUUUUAAUUGAGGUAUAAAUGAGCUCUAACAGAUUAGUUUCCAGUGUCAUGUUUUUCUCCCACCAAACCCAUUUCAGGUUGCUGCUGCUUAUUUUCAAGAUCCUUUGUGUUAAUCAGGUACAGAAUUUUGUUUGGGAUUCGGUGUUAGGAAAACAGUAAAAUUAUACAUGGCAGAAAUCUACUUUUUAUUCUGGCUGGCCCAGAGGAGGAGAAAACUGUAUUACCAGACCAGCAAGGGAAAAGCUUCUGUCUAUUGAACAGGUAUCCGCACCUGAAACAAGAGUAUCUGAUCUCCGUGGAAUUUGACGGGUCCAUUUUCUGUCCUGAUGAUGAGGUAUUUGCACUGGACUUUGGAAAGAGGAUAUGUAAGUGAUCCAGCUUCCAACAGAUUUGGAGUCCCAUUAUCUUAUCGCUGGAAUAGAUGACCUCUUCUAAAAGGCGUACAAAUAUUUACAUUUAUGUGAAAAAAAAAGCCUCUUCUAGAAGGUAGAAGUUUCUUAGGAUUUUGUUUCGGAUCCAAUAGGAAAGUAGGAAGAAUAUAUAUAGUGAGUGUUUUCUUUCCAAUGUAUGUUCCAUGGAACACUGCUGCCCUGAGCUGAUCCUCGGCAAAGGGGCUGGAUGAUCUGGAGGUGGGGAAAGUGCUGUCUGUCCUAGAAAGUCAUGAUGUACGUUAGAUUCAAAGCUCUGAGAAAUUUCGAUGUGAAACACUGAUUGUUAGACUUGCUUAAUCUAAUGUUUUCCCGAUCUUUGCUAACCUCUUAUAAUCCUUAAUACUGGAAAAAGUGGUCUCUCCAGAACACAUCCUGACAUGAUACAGUUUAAAAAAAAAAAGUUAAUCUUUUUGGAAUUUAGAAAUCCCCUAGUAUAUUUGGAAUCUUUUCUCCCUUCACAAAGCGCUUUUUGCUUCACGUCCUACAGUAUUACCGUGUAUCUGCACAGUAUGUCAUCCAAGUAUCUGAGAAAAAUUAAGUUUAUCAUCUAUUUUUCCUUAAGGAAACAAGCGCAGCUUAGUAAUGGUUACGUAGUGAAAUACAGAAUCAGAUAUGAUCCUUGGUAGGUUAUGACUGCAUUCCCAUCAAAUUAAAUAUAUUUUAUUUCUUCCUACUGGUUUAGAAGUAGGUAGACAGGUCAGUGAAAGCAUCAUUUAUUCCCCAAAUUGGCAGGCACAAAAGAAUUUUCAAAUACCCAGUUUCACCUUAAUGGUACCUCUAUAAUCAUCAGCCAUUCUAGAAAUAACACAGCCUGGCAUAAUUUCUGAAGGUAGAUCUUUAUAGAUGUAUCUGGGAGAUAGGGUCACACUGUUUUCCAUCUUGUGUUGCCCCUUGGCCCUGAGGGGCAUCCUCAUGCUCAUCCUGAGCCUGCGUGUAGCCAAACAAGCAUCAUAAAAGUCUGUUUCCUCACUGUUUGGGCUUAUCUUCUGAUAGCCUAUUUUACUGUAUAAUUGAAUCAGAUCCCUCAAGAAUGAGGGCAUCCAAAUUAGGGAGGUGGGGCUGGCCAUCUUCAGUGCUUCAUCCUGCCAUUAAACAGCUGUACAAACCAGCUUAAAUAAUUUCUUUAUCUGUACGAUGAGGCCGUUGGGUUAAAUUCACAUCAAAUCUAGCCAUACAUUUUUUCAUGAAUAACAAUAAAAAGCGCAGUAGAAUGGAGAAAUUGAGGUGGGUUUUUUUGUUGUUAUUUAAAAAAAAUUUUUUUAACAUCAGCUAUGACCUUACCCCAAAGGUAACCCCAUGAUGUCUUUUGACCAUAAUGCAUUAUAAUACAUUAUAAAAUCAAAUAUUAAUUAUGUUUUUUUGAAGCUGUAGUAGAGAUCAGCAAAAUUUGACCGCUUGAGAAUCUUCUCUUGUGACCAGGACACUUGGAAAAUAUUCAUCAAUAUGUUCCUGGUAGCAGCCUCUUUACUGUGGGUUUUUACAAAAGUUGACAGAGAAUAUGCUUUGGCGUUGAGAAGAAUGACAAGUUUCCGAUAACCUGUUAUAUGUAGCUAUUUGUUGGCAGAGCUGGAGCUAGGAUCCAGGCUUUCUGUUCUCUGUGGAAGAGGUACCACGCUCAGGCUCUUCCCGGCAAGACUUAACAGGAAGUUCUCUGUGUAAAAUUGACCAUCAAGGGUCAGUGUACUUCCAAAAUGUUAUCAGUCAUCUCCUUACUUAGAAUAAGAGAGUAGUUUUCUGUCAUGCCCAGUGUUAACACCCCCGUUUCUUUUUAUUAUUCCCUAUUACUUCCUCUCCGCUACUCUCCAUACCCUCCUCCUCUCUCCUGUUUCCUCAAUUUCCAUUGGACGUGGUAAGGAUACACUUUAGCUCCUACCUCCAUGGGCACCCCUUUCAUCGGCCCCAAUUCAGAAAGUAAUAGGGAGCUGACUAUAAGCUGGACGUCUCUACCUUUGAAAAGGACUCCCUUUGUUCUCACUGAGGUAGUUUAGCCACACAGAUGAUAUAGGGAACCAUGUCUGUUUGUUUGUUUGUUUAAGCCACUGUAAGGCUUUGGCAGUAGUAACGUUGGCAUCCUUGGCUUCUGUAUCCCUGACCAUUUCAUUUGAUGACAAGUGAAGACAUUGGGAACGCCCCCUCCCCCCAAAAGCAUGCCAAAAUGCCAGCUCCCAGCCUUAGUCUUACAUAUCGAAGAGGCCCAACUCUGACCUUUUGUCAGUGGUUCUCAACCCUGGAUUCCUGUUCUUACUACCUGAGGAAUUAAGUGUAUAAUAUGUACACCCUACAAUCAAGUCAAUUUAAUUAGAAUUAGACUGUUGUCAGGGCCCGAUAAUUGAUAAUCUUCAAUCUCUCUGCUCCAGAAACAAAUAUUACAGAGGAAUAUACCUGGCCUGUCUAGUUAUGGCUUAAAAUCUUAGUCAUAUCUACAAGAGAAGGCCACAGCUAAUGUCUUGCCAAGAUACCUUAGCUACAUUACUUCAGAACUAGAGGCCAGACUGGAAUUGCUGUGUAUACCGUAUUGUAGGUCAGGGCCUGUUUGGUAACAAAUUAGGGCAGCUGACAUAAAUGUUACUCCUGUUGAGGUCUCUACAACUACUACAUGGGUACCUCUCCGCCUCUUACUCCUCUUGCUUUUUGUCACAGAGGAGAAAUCCACCUGUGGAUUUCAUGCUGGAGCCACCUCUCCAAAUUUGACCCUAGCUACCUGUAAUCUAAGUUCCCUGAAGGAGAAUUUUUUGAGCAGCUGUGUUUAAAGUUACUUCCCCAUUAGUGUCUUUGUUCACUGGUGAUCCCAUGAUGUCUUUUGACCAUGGUAAGGGCUCCUUGAUUGGCAAAAUUGUGAGGCUUUGGGGAAGAGUUUGGCUAUGUCUUGGGCAUACUAAGUUCAGGAGCUCCAGAAUAUUGAGUUGUCCAGGAAGCCUGAACCUUAAGUAAUCCCACUGGGGUAAUGCCUUUGGAUAUUUAAGGUAAGUAAUUUUCUGUCUAUGAACGUACUGUGACAUUGUUAACAACCUUAUGGUAUUAAAUGAAGAAUGUAACCUCCUUUUUUGAACAGAUCUUUUUAUAAAGAAGUAUUUUGUUAAUUGGAGUAAGUAGUGUAGUUGUGAAGUCACUGUGUUAAUUGUUCACGGUAUACUGAAAUAUCUUGUAUGUUGUGAUGAUGUUUGCAUAAAAUAGCAUUGCUAAACUAAUAUUAAGUGACUUUAGUGCCUUUUGUUUUCGAUAUGCUUCAUAAAGGAGGAAAUGAUGACUUUCAUAAUUUGUCAUUAAGUGUCAGUGUUUAUGAGAAAGUCAG